AUGCCUGUGACAACGAGGAAUUCUUCAUUUCACAACUUUUCAUCCAAGGAUGGAUUCCAAGAUUUUACCCUCGACACAAAUAUGAAAGUGAUAUUCUUCUUCCUGGGUUUCGUUGCCUUUCUAAUCAUCAUUGCCAAUGGUCUUGUCUUUGUGUUGGCUUGGAAUAUGAAGUAUCUCCGCACCAGAACAAACUUCUUUCUUUUCAGCUUAGCAGCAAGUGAUUUGCUCUCAGGUGCAGUGGUUGUUCCACUCGUUCUAUCGUGUAACAUUGUAACGGUCAAUCAGUCGCUUUGUAUCGCUAUGGAUAUCUGUCAGCGGGGUUUAGCCAUCUCGACGAUACUGCAUCUUUCGUCCGCAGUCAUCGAACGAUAUUUGAAGAUAUCUUCGCCUUUUAGGUACACGUCUAUUGUCACCAAGCCUCGAAUUUCUUGUGUGUUAAUUUCCAUCUGGAUAUUAGCCAUGUCUGUGUCUCUUUCUCAGUUGUUUAUCAUCUCUUCGCAAGACGUUACUAAAGCUUACCUCGUCUACAACACAACAGUUCUUUCACUGUUUGUGUUUGUGCCAUUCUUCAUCACAGUUUUGGCUUUCAUUCGCAUUUAUUUCAUCAUGAAACAGAGUAAAAAAUCAAGAAUGAGGCUGACCAUUACUGUAAGAGAAAAUACAACAAACUCGACGCAACGAAAGAAAAGAGUGAACACCAAAAGAUCAUUGAUAGUGUACCUUGCUAUGUUGUUGUGUUUUGUUUUCGCUUGGUUUCCUUAUUUUUUUCUGACGCUCCUGAUAGACUUGGAUAAUUCAGUAGAGAUGAGUAUCCCUCAUUGGAUGAACGCUUUGUUUUUAUUUCUAAAGGUCAGCUCUGCUCUAUUCAAUCCACUUUUAUUUACUUUUUUUAAAGCAGAUUUUCAAAAAGCGCUCAAUCAAAUGACCUCCGGAAAGCUUUGCAAACAAGUUGCUAAUACACAGGAUGAAAGUGCGCGAAAAAGAUUUGGAUCUAAUUCCAUGCAGACCAACCAAACCCAUCUUCAGCACAAGACAUUUGAGAUAGAAGAACCGAAAUCUUUAAUUAUCAAUCACCUGACAAGAUAA